GUUGUAGCCGACCUGAACUAGGGUUUUCGGUGUUUUAUGGCUGUGAAGGUAUUGAGCGAAAUGGGAGAAGAGAAGAGAGAAGUAAUAUUCAGAGACAUAAGACGAUAUUACUGUGAAUUUUGUGGGAUUUGCCGCUCCAAAAAGUCCCUCAUCUCCUCUCAUAUCCUCUCCAAUCAUCAUGAUGAAAUGGAGAGGCGGAAAGAUGAGGCAAAUGAAGAUGUAAAGAAAAAGGAAGGCCCAAAAAUGAAUAUUUGUGAAGAAUGUGGUGUGAGCUUUCAGAAGCCUGCUCAUUUGAAGCAGCAUAUGCAGAGUCAUUCACUCGAGAUUGAGAGGCCAUUUGUAUGCCAUAUAGAUGACUGCCAGUCCAGCUACCGCAGAAAGGAUCACUUGACGAGACAUCUCUUGCAGCACCAAGGGAAGCUGUUUGAGUGUCCCGUUGAUGGUUGCAAACGCGCAUUUAGUAUUCAAGGCAAUAUGACUCGGCAUGUCAAAGAGAUGCAUGACCAGUAUGCCUUCCCUGAGGCCAAUCUUCCAAAGCAGUAUGUCUGUUCAGAACUUGGUUGUGGGAAGGUGUUUAAAUUUGCAUCCAAAUUGAAGAAGCAUGAAGAUUCUCAUGUUAAGUUGGAGACGAUGGAGGCACUUUGUUUAGAGCCAGGCUGUAUGAAACAUUUCACAAAUGAGAAAUGCCUCAAGGAACACAUAGAGAGUUGCCACCAGCAUAUUGUGUGUGAAAUUUGCGGAACCAAGCAAUUGAAGAAGAAUAUUAAGCGGCAUCUCCGGACGCAUGAAGAAGAGUCUACAUCGGAGAGAAUAAAAUGUGAAUUCCAUGAUUGUCAGCACACUUUCUCCACUAAAUCAAAUCUUAUUCAGCAUGUCAAAGCUGUGCACCUGGGGGAUAAACCAUUCUCAUGUGGCAUUGCUGGUUGUAGUAUGAAAUUUGCCUUCAAGCAUGUGAGAGAUAGACAUGAAAAAUCAGGCUGCCAUGUUUAUACUCCAGGUGAUUUCGUAGAGGCUGACGAGCAAUUCCGUUCUAGACCAAGAGGUGGUAGGAAGAGGAAGCUUCCUGUUUUCGAGGCAAUUAUGCGGAAAAGGAUAACACCAUCCAGUGGUACAGAUCCCGUGUUCUAUCAAGGAUCAGAAUAUCUCUCAUGGUUACUCGUAGCAGAAUCAGAUGAAGAGCUGUGAGUCUGUCUCUUUGGCCAGAUGCCAUGUUGAAUCAUGGACCAGAAAUCUCAUAGUUACUCUCAGUAGAACAGAGGAUGAACUCUGAGCGUCUCCUGGACAGUUCUUAGUAGAUAGCUAGUGUAUGUGCUGCCGAUAAGUUUUUACUAGAAAAAAGUAUAUGCUGUCCAUAAGUUAAAUUUAGCCAAUGCUUGUUCUAUAAUCCAAUGGAUAAGUAUUAUCAUAACCGUCGACUCUUUCUCAA